GGGCUCAAGUCAGCUGUCAGAGAGUGAACAAUGAACAUGUGCUAUCAGUGAUAAACGUGAUAGUGAUAAUCACUACAAAGAAGCGAACCUUAAUUACAUUGUUAUUGCAUUACGGUGAAUAUAACGUGAACAAAGAUCAAUUUUUCGGUUCAGAUAAGAUAAUGGCAGAGUGAUGAUGAGAUUUUUAGUAUUUACGCCAUUUAGGGAAUUUACUAUCUUUAACGCUUCACAUAAGUUUCCGCAGCUAUGAAUUUUGAGUGACAUUCUUGAUUUUUUUUCUCCUGAGAAUAAAUUUACCAAUUUCAGAUAUGAUAACUAUUCCGCUGGUCGGUACUGUAAAAAUAUUCGUAAACGAUGCCUUCAAAGAAAAAGAACCCUGGCAAAUUGUCACCAUAACGACGACAUCGCUCCUCACAGCAAUAUGGCUCUGGGAUUUAAUUUUCCAAGACGAAAGUCUCGCAGAUCGAGUGAAGAAAAAGGGAAUGAAAUUAGCUCGUUACAUACCAGCUAUACGUGCUAAAAUCGACAAAGAAUUGUCAAAAAUAAAUGCAGAUUUUGAAGAAGACUGCGUGCGAAGAGUAAAAAAUGUACCAUUUAUUGUAACACUUCCUAAAGAGGGUUUCACUUCCGAACAAGUUUUAAAACUUGUGGAGCAAUGUACUCAAUUAGGCGAUUUUGACUGGGAAAACGGAAAAGUAUCUGGAACAGUCUACAAAAACGACAAAGAUCUCAGUCAACUAAUGGGCAAUGUCUACAGUAUUGCUUCUUACACAAAUCCUCUUCACCCAGAUAUUUUUCCCGGCAUCUGCAAAAUGGAGGCUGAAGUAGUGAGAAUUGCUUGUACUUUAUUCAAUGGAGACGAGGAUACGUGCGGAACUAUGUCUACUGGUGGAACUGAGUCAAUUUUGCUUGCCUGCAAAGCAUAUAGAGAUUAUGCGAGAGAGGUGAAGGGAAUCAAAAAACCGGAAAUGGUUAUUCCCGUAACGGCUCAUUCGGCAUUCGACAAAGCAGCUCAGUUUUUAAAAAUCCGAGUUCGAACUGUGCCCGUGAACUCUAAAAGCUACACCGUCAGAAUUGACGACAUGAGAAGGGCAAUUACAAAAAAUACUAUCAUGCUCGUUGGAUCCACUCCAAACUUUCCCUACGGCACCAUGGACAAUAUCGAGGCCAUAUCCGAACUUGGAAUUCGGUACAAUAUUCCAGUACAUGUCGAUGCAUGUUUGGGAGGAUUUCUGAUUUGUUUUAUGAGCCAAGUUGGAUACGAAUUGCCACCAUUCGAUUUUAGACUUCCGGGAGUGACAAGUAUUUCUGCCGACAGUCACAAGUACGGUUAUGCCCCAAAAGGUUCGUCGAUAAUUCUCUAUCGGGAUAAGAAAUAUAGACACCAUCAAUAUACAGUAUCAACGGAUUGGCCUGGAGGAAUUUAUGGAUCGCCAACAGUAAAUGGCUCGCGAGCAGGUGGAAUUAUAGCAGCUUGCUGGGCUACAAUGAUGUAUUUUGGAUCUAGUGGUUAUUUAGAAGCUACUAAAAAAAUUAUCGACACAACGAAAUAUAUUGAAGGAGAGUUAAGGAAGAUGAACGGAAUUUUCAUUUUCGGAACUCCCGUCUCGUCAGUAGUUGCCCUCGGCUCUGAAGAUUUUCACAUUUUUCGACUAGCAGAAGCGCUAGUGGCUAAAGGAUGGAAUUUAAAUUCUCUUCAAUUUCCAAGUGGAAUUCACCUGUGUGUUACGCACGUUCACACAGAACCCGGAGUUGCCGAUCAGUUUUUGAACGAUGUUAGAACGGAACUCGAAAUUAUUAUGAAAGAUCCGAAACUUCCUGUAGAAGGAAAGCUGGCUAUGUACGGAAUGAGUCAGGGAAUCGCAGACAGAAGUGUGGUUGGAGAAAUCACGAGGUCUUUUCUUGAUGCGAUGUACUACACUCCAAAACUAAAAUUAGCAUCGAUCAAGAAAUGAAGCAUAAUCAUUCAGGUUCCAGAAUUCAAAUAAUGAGAAACAUUCUUUUGUCUGUCAAGGCAAAAAGAUAAAAAAAAACAACGGCAAAUCUCUGUAAACGAAUUUCUUCGUACAACUGAUAAGUACUUUAAAAAACAGGGAUUUUUAUUUUUGCUAUAAAUGUUGUAAAUGGUUAUUUACUAGUUUAAUUUUUAAUUGAGUGGAAUGUUGAAAACUCGAGGUAAAUGAAACAUCGAGGAAAAAUACUUAUAAUGCAGUAUUUUCUAUGCAUUUGUUGAACUUGUAUAUUAGUAUGUUCAAAUAAAGAUUUUUUUCUA